AUGAGUGUCACUGAUAUCAGUAAAUAUGCAUGUAAGGAGGAGAGUUGCCGCGUUCGUGCAGUGCUGCAGGCCGAGCGUGAUGAAGCGAUAUCACGAAGCAAAAAGCUCGCGCGACAGUGCGACAAACUACAGGUACAACUUAGUGAUGCGCGUGCACAACUACGCGAGCUCAACGCACAGCUAGCGGAUGCUGCCGAGUACAAGAUAACAUCGCUAGAACGCGCUCGUAAGGUGGAAGAACUUCAGAAGAAACUGGAAGAGGCGGAACUAUUACGGACGCGAUACAACCGCAAAAUGAACGUGCUGAAGGAGACGGUGCGGGCUACAGGCGAGACGUUUGAACACGAGCGCACCGCUACUGACCAUCAACUUGCUAUUCUUCGUGAUGACUUAGCCCGGGCAAAAGAGUCACUCGCUGAGUGUCAGCGCAGGGAAGCACAACUUACUAGUUUCAGGAACUCAAUAGCAAAGUUACUUGGAAUUUUGGUACCAGCUUCAGUGUCGGAUUUCGAAAUGGUAUCCCGGCUCCAAAAGCUAAUAGAUGCGCAUCAUGAUUUCACGGUUGUAUCACGCCGGUACGAUGACCCCACGCUCUUAAGAGCCUCCUCCCGCUCGCCUCCCCCAUCUCGAUGCAGGACACGUACACCUGACAGAUCACUACGCUACGAUGACUCAGGAUAUGCGGACCCUGCCUUUGACCUCGACGAUGAGUUGUACAAAACUCGAGCGGCUUUGUGA